AUGUUGGCGAUGGCGCUGCGGCUGGCGGCUGGCGGCUACGCACCAGAGCUGAUGGUGCAUGUUGCUAUUGUCACUCACCAGUCCGGGCCGCAGAGAGUCUUCAUCAUCCACAACAUCGCAGGAACAGAACUGGCUACGCUCGACUCGCCCAAUCUGCUCGUACUCGGCGUGUCGUCCGCUGCGACACGCAAGGCGCUCCUGGCCGAUAUUGCCGUCCUUUUCCGCCUCGAUGAGGCUGACCGCAGCAGAGCGUCAAUGGUUGCAGUGGCUAGCGAUGGCGGAAGCUCCGGUGGUGGCAGCGGGAGCGGCAUGGCACGAGCGUCGUCGUCCGAGGCGAUUUCGGAGGCCGACGGCGCCGGUGACGAGCUUGUCUCGGCGCCGGGCCUCUCGUCCAACGUCCGCCGGCGGCUGAUUGGCCGCCGCGACUCCUCGCCGCCAGUGAUGGGUGCUGGCGGCGACGCGCCGCUGCUGCACGAGAUCGACUUUCAGUCGGACAUCGACGUUGUCCGCUCGGGCUGGCUGGCCAAGAAGAAGAGCUCCGGUGGCAUGCUGCGCAACUGGGACAAGCGGUUCUUUCUCCUCAAGUCAGGAGUCCUCUACUACGCCAAGUCGGACAAGGCCCGGGUGCCUGUCGGCUCGAUUCAGCUCGACGGGCGGGUGGUGGUUCGCGGCAAAGGCAAGUCGCGCGACAUUGUGCUGACGCACGCGCAGAAGCGGACGUACAUCCUGCGCGCUGACUCGGUUGCCGAGGCCAUCCAGUGGAUCAACGACAUCCACGCCCACUCGGCGGCGCAAAGCAAGGGCGAGUCGCUGCUCAACUCGAGCUCGCCGAACCUCACACGCCGCGUAGACUCGGAAGGCUCAGUCGGCCAGGGUCUCUCGCACUCGUCGUCAACUCCGACGCUCGCCGAGCUCGCCAUGCCGCCGUCGGUUGUCCGCAUGAUCUCGCAGGGCAAGCUGCCUGAGGACAUCGGCGUCUACAUCCGCGACGGGUCAGUCAAGAUUGCCGAGGGCCGCUCCGGGGGCUCCGGUAAGAGCCGCCACAUGUUCCUCUUCUCCAACGCCCUCGUCUACGCCUCGCCGACCGGCAAGAAAGACUACAAGGUCCGCGGCAUGCUCGACCUCUCGGGCGUCUCGGUCUGUGACAUCCCGGCCGUCGAGACCCACACCUUUCACUUUUGCAUCAUCUGCGACAAGGGCCGCUUCAUUGUCGAAACCGAGACGCUCGACGCCAAGAUCGAGUGGAUGACCGACAUCUUUGAGGCCUCGGAGAUCCUCAACAACGGCUUCCUCGCCCUCGACGAUGAGGCCGGGCCCGUCAACGUUCUCAACGCUUCGCUCUCGCCGGCUGUUGCCGUUCCACGCCCGUCGCUGCCGUCACCGUUGCCGUCGCGCCCGUCACCGCUCGCCCGCCAGGCCACCGGUGGCUCGUCGUCGCAGCCGUCGUCGCCGGCGUCUGCAUCGCCGCCGCCGCGCAAGGCACAGCCAGACUCGACGCCGACAUCGUCGCCGACCCCGUCGCCCAAGUCAUCGAAAAAGGCCGAGCGCGAGCUGCGCAAGGAGCGAAUGAUGUCGAUGCGAUCCAUGGUCUGUCUCGACAAGUCGUUUCCCAAGCCGCCGAUGCCCAACUGCGUCCGCCUCGGAACGUACAACGUCCAGCCGGACCCGACGGCCAAGUCGUCUCUCGCCUCCAAGUGGUCCGAGCGCCGCGCGCUCUUUGCCACCUCGGUCCGAUUCCACUCGCCCGACGUCCUCGCCAUGCAGAACAUCUCGCUCGCCAAGGCCUCGGAGCUCCUCGGCAAAAUGUCCGACUACGCCAUGAUGGACGGGGCGUCGGAGCACUUUGAGGCCGAAGGCGUCGACCGUGCCGCAGUCCCGGGCUCAAACACGCGCCCGUUCCUGCCCAUCUUCUACUUUCGCUGGCGGCUGCAGCUCGCCGACUCGGGCAACUACUUCCUCUCACCCAAGCCGUCCGCAAAGCUCGAUGCCGACCUGCCCAUCGACCAGGACGUGCUUCUCCUCCGCAACGCGGCGAUAGCAAGCGAAAACCUCCCCUCGCGCUCGCCAACCGCACCCUACGUUUGGGUCACGUGGGGCCUCUUCCAGGACGUCUUUACCGAGGCUGCCUUUUACGUCUUCACAUGCGACCUCACGCCCGCGUGCGAGACGCCCGAAUCGCGCGCCGCGCACGUCGCCGCCCUCCAUCGCACCAUCGGCGCCCGUGUCGGGAACACGCCGUUUGUCCUCGCCCUUUCGGGCUUCCUCACGCCGCCGCCGGCCGAGCCGCUCCUCGACGGUAUGCUUGCGCCGUUUGGCGACGGCGGCUCCAUCGCCCUGCACUCGAUGGCCGAGCUCGACGUGCCGCCGAGCCACGAGCACGUCGGUGCCGAGGCCACCUUUACUGCGCCCACCGGCGAGACCAUGGUCCUCGAUCACAUCCUCUACCGUUCUGGUGCCGUCGAGGUGCUCUUGUCGGGCGUGACCGAGGACGUGUUCAUCUCUGGUGCGCGCCCGGCGCUGCACUCGCUCGUCCUCGCCGAUCUCAUCAUCGACAUGAGCGGAGCCGAGUAA